AAAUUUUGGGUGGAACUGAUUGAUAAAAUAGUGGAAAUAAAUACACUUCAGCCUUGUACAAUUUCAAGAUCACAUUGUUACACAUUUGGAAGACAAAAAAGUCCGGAAACCUCAACAAGAACUCAGCAGCAAAUGAGCAGAAAGACCUCUCGGCUCGCUUCUUGAUGAACGAGACUUAAAUCUCAGGAACACAGAUGUAACGCCUGCUCCUACAGAACAAUUGGUAUGCCGGUUUCUUUCCAAAGCCACUAUCUAGAUCCUCUGCCCCUUUGCGUUCUCACCUUC